AUGUUGUAUCCGCUGUUUUUCCCGUACGGCGAGGCCGGUUGGCAUAACGGGAUGUUGCAAGCGGGCAACCGACGAAACAAUGUCCGCAAUCGCAACAGUAUCAGAGAGUUUGCGUGCUACCGUUUGGCUGUUAGAUAUCAGGGAAAUAACGACCAAAGACAUGAACUGUUUAGUUUGUUACAUCAGGGUCGGUUCUUGUUGCAGAUGUAUGUGUGCGACCAGUAUGUUCGAAUGGAGUCGAAUAAUCUGAACUACAUACGUUUGCACCAGAGGGAUCUCCUCGCCGAAGCGUAUCAAGGGCUCAUGGACCAUGUGAACCAACAGCUCCACAUCGAUCCCAUGGCGGUCGGGCGUAGGAUCAUAUUGCCGUCGACGUUCACGGGUAGCGACCGAUUCAACAAGAUGAAUUAUCAAGACGCCAUCACCGUAGUGCGUACCAAAGGGAAACCCGACCUGUUCAUAACGUUUACGUGCAACCCCAGGUGGCCAGAGAUCACUGAAAACCUGGCUGCCCACAGCACGGCAAGCGACAGGCCGGACCUGGUGGCCAGAGUGUUCAACAGGAAGCUACAGGAGCUAAUAGGUGACAUAACUGUAAAUCGUGUGUUUGGUAAUGUCGGCGCUUACGUGUACACUAUCGAGUUUCAGAAACGUGGUCUGCCCCAUGCGCAUAUACUGAUAAUCCUGGCGGAGGACUGUAAGUUCCGUACGGCCGAGGACGUGGACGACGUGGUUUGCGCCUUCUUGCCGGACCCCGCAAUCGACAGGCGCUUACACGACUGCGUCAAGUCUCACAUGAUCCACGGGCCGUGUGGAACAGUCAAUCCACAGUGUCCGUGCAUGGUGGACAACAAAUGCUCCAAAGAUUUCCCGAAAGCGUACGCAGAGGAGACUGUGUACGUUGCGGACGGCGGAUAUCCAAAGUACCGCCGACCGGAUGACGGCCGGGUGGUACUUGUGAGAGGUCGUGAGGUUGGUAACAAGUGUGUAGUGCCGUACAACCCUUACCUUCUGGCCAAGUAUGACGCGCACAUCAACGUCGAGAUAUGCACGUCCAUAAAGAGUGUCAUGUAUAUCUACAAGUAUAUAUACAAGGGACACGACCGUGUGACGUUGGAAGUUCAGGACCAGGAUGAGAUUGCCAAGUGA